UCGAUCACACAAAAACAGAAACCAAAAAUCCUUGCACCAUUUAAUUAAAACUCUUCUCAAUAUGGAGCGUGUCAAACUUCGCAAAAGAGUUGCCAUAAUUGGGGCAGGGGUGGCCGGACUGGCCGCCGCCCGCCACUUUACAGCCCCUGGAUCGCCUUUUGAGUGCCAAGUUUUCGAACAAGACAACAAUGUUGGUGGGACUUGGCGUCUUUCUGACUACGUGGGCACUGACGAAAUUGGAAGGCCCGUCCACUCCAGCAUGUAUAAAUAUCUCAGAAUGAACCUUCCGAAGGAAAUAAUGUGCUACCCUGACUUUGCCUUCUCUUCAGAUUCAGAUGGAGUUUCUUACAUUACAUCUCAGCAGUUUCUAGACUACACCGAGGAAUACGCUGACCACUUCCAACUUCAAAAGCACAUAAAAUUUAAUCAUGGAGUAAAAGAAGUUAAACCCUUGACCGGGGCCAAUGGAGAAACUGAGUGGCAAGUGACCGUCUACAACUGGUUGACUAAAGAGACAACCACGCACAUUUUUUAUGCAGUUAUGGUUUGCAAUGGACACUUCUGCACUCCAAACAUUCCUGACUUUGAGGGAUCGAAUAAAUUUAAUGGGAAAAUAGUGCACAGCCACGACUACCGCGAUCCAGAGGAUUUCAAAGGAAAAAGGGUUUUGAUAGUCGGAGGCUCUUUUUCUGCAAUUGACAUUACAGUGGACGUGGCCAAAUGGGCAGAUCAUGUUGUUAUGAGCCACCAUUUGAAAGAAUUCACGCCUGAUUAUCCUGACAAUGUGAGCUUGGUACCAGACAUAAAAAAUUUCACCAAAAAUGGUGCCCUAUUUGUCAAUGGAGAGGAAAAGAAUUUUGAUACAGUCAUCCUGUGCACAGGCUUCAAAUACAACUUCCCAUUUUUGCACGAAAGUUGCAAAAUUACCACAAACGGCUAUGGUGUUGAGGUUGAGCCUCUAUACAAGCACAUGAUCAAUAUUGAGUACCCGUCAAUGUGCUUUAUCAGCAUCUGCAAUUACAAUUUGCCUGCGCAGCUAUCUGACUUGCAGUCGAGAUAUUUCUACAGUCUCUUAUCGGGAAUCAGCAAUCUGCCGUCUAAGGAGGAAAUGUAUGCUGAUUUGAGGGAAGAUCAAAAACACAGAAUCGAGAAAUUGCGUUGGCCAGCACAGCAGGCGCACAAACUGGGCCCUUUGCAGGAAAAACUUUACAGCGAAAUUGCCACUGCUUGUGGGGCGGAAGGGAUUAAACCGGUCACAUUGAAAAUGUUCAUUGACUGCGUGGUUGCGAACAGCAAAUUUCAAGACCUCCAGCAUUUCAGAGACCGUCGUUUCACAAUCAUUGAUAAUAACACCUACGAAGCAACUCCUCCGUUUAGUUCGUUAGAGACGAAAUAAGAACAGCUUAUUCUAAAUUAAUUGGAGAAUGAUUAUAAAGAAUAAAUUUUUUUAAUUAAUAUAAUGAGAGGAUGUAUUUUUAACAAAUUUUUAAUGAAUUUUUUUCCUCAUUCUGGAAAACAAUGGUUAAUAAUAAUUAUAAUUGAUGUUAAAGCAUUUGAAAAAAAUAUAUAUUAUGUAACAUCUUAAAAAAAUAAUAUCAUGAUAGUAUCAAUGCACCAUCGUUGGAAUAAAUCAGAAUAAAUUUGUAAAUAUAAAGUUACAUGAUAAUUUUUUUAAUUUUAAUAUUUCUCUUCUAUGUGCAAUAUGAUUUCAAAAUUUAAAUAACAAAGCAAACGCCCGCCCACGCCACAGGCUGAUUAAAGAGAGAUUUGGUGAGAUUUGGCUCUGCCAACUGGCAAUUUUCCCGGCAUUAUUUGCGAAUUUGGCAGCGUGUUAGCUUUGAUCGCCCUCCUUCGUGCCAAGUGAACAAAAAUUAGGGCAAAGAAUUCUCAUCACAACUUUUUGAAAAAUUUUAUUAAUUUAUUUUUCAAUUCAGUGUUUCAGCGGUUGGCAUAUGAAUCCCAUUUGUACGUAUUCGCACAAGUGAUCCUCCCAGGCGCCCAACCUAGGCAAAAAGGAAAUGCAACUUGUGUAGUCGUGUGCGGGCCAGAAGGGCAUGUCAGGAGCCCAGUCAAACUUUUUUAUCCGAGUACCAAGCGUCACGUUGUAACCCCAAAACCACACACCGGAGUAAACGUUCUCUCCGCGCCGCCCAGAAGUCCAGAUGUACUUAUCACUAA